CAUUAGCAUUGGUUUGGGCGCAAUGGCUGAUCCCAAUGUGCAGCUGAUCAUUGACUUCUGCAAGAGUCUCGAUCUCUCACAACUGCAGAGGGAACUGGACCAGAGAGCCACACAAAUACUUAGCCGACAGGAUGACAGCGAUCGCUCCCGACGUCAAUUGGUUGAGUUAAGCAAACAGUUCACCAAAACAUCGCCUGAGUCGGCUCGAAAGGCUGUGUCACCACUGCUCAAGAGUUUCCAGUCGGAGAUCGACCGACUCAGCAAACGAAGCAAAGCGGCUGAAGCGGCCUUUCUCUACAUAUAUAAGCGUAUUAUCGACAUUAAGGAUCCAAUACCAGCGUUAGAGUAUUGGCUCAAUAAUAGUGCAACAAAUCCAAAGACAUACUCAACAAAUAUAGACAAUAAUAGAUUAGAUGAUGAUUUGCCCGUAUCUGAUGCCAAACAAGUAGAUUCAUCAUUAGAUUCAACACAAGACGCCAAUAAUAAAGAACUGACGACAAUCACAAACUCAAGCAAACGGGAAACACAAGACUUCAUUGAAGACCAAAGACAAGACAAUUCUAGUGACGAAUUGACGACAAACUCAGAGUCAGUGAUCGGACAGGUAUUGCAAGCAAAGAAACAGGAGAUAAAUAGGAGACAAUUAUUAGAAGAAAGAAAUGAUAUUAUAAUCAAUGAUAAAAUGGCCGAAACAGAGAAGGAAAACAACAAAGAGUCUUUUGGCAAUACAAAUGAAGACAAUAAUUUAGUUAAUAAUAUGAAAAAGUCUGAAUCCGACGACAAUUCAAAUCACUCGAUAAGCAUUGAGAGGCCGUCAAACCCUUCAUUGAGCACAUCCUCAUCAUCAGCUAUGGCUGACAAUCGACUGGCCAUAAAGGAAAAGGAGAUCUCACGGCUUGUCGAUGACAUUCAUAGAUUGCAGUCCACUAUAAUAACACUUAAAGAGACUACCGCUGCUCAGAUCACACAACUGGAGGAGAUAUUGACGCAGAAAAAUAAAAUUAUCAAACAUUUAGAGGAGAAACUCGAUAAGCAAAGGGAUUACGAAGAUGUCAAGCGUGAGCUCCAAGUGCUCAAAGCAGAGUUGGGCCAAAUCGGUGCAAAUGCAAUGCGCGAACAAAAACCAUUUGAGAUGUAUCUCUUGGAGAAGUCUAAAGCACUUCAAUCUGAGAACACGGCUAUCAAAGCGGUCAACGAUUUGGGACAGACAUUGCCCAGACAUUUGGUGCCGCCGUUUAUGCCGCCCUAUCAGAGUUUGGGUAACGUCGAGACCUUUGGCUCAAUGCUGGGCGAAGAGAUUGUCAAUUCGUACGCCAAGGCGUUCAAACACCGAGAGGUGAUAUUAGGCCAAAGCAAUGAUCAAAACAGUUCAAACAACGCCACGGGAUCGCCAUCGCCGCCGCCCACAUCCAAUGAUGAGGCCGACGCCAAGUCGAAUGGCAGUGCUGGCACACCCACCAGUACCAGUGCAAUAAUGGACAGGUGUAAUGAUGACUCUGCCGCUAACCAUACAAGUAAUAGUCCGGCCAGCCUUGACAUGAGUGGCCACAACGCCCGGAGCUCACCUCAAGGAGCAAUCGGAGCGCAAUACGAUAAACUGCAGCAACAGUUGAGAGUAAAUGUUGAGAAAUAUAUGAAUGAAACGCUAAAUACACUGAAUAUCUCCCGAUGUGUUCGCGAGUUGUUGUCUGUCCAUAACAUAGGACAGCGACUGUUCGCCAAAUAUGUGUUAGGCCUAUCCCAGGGCACAGUUAGCGAACUGCUAUCGAAGCCAAAGCCAUGGGAUAAGCUAACAGAAAAAGGAAGAGAUUCUUAUCGAAAAAUGCACGCCUGGGCUGCAGAUGACCGGUGCAUAUAUUUCCUUAAGAAUAUGGUUCCCCGUAAAGGUAAAGAGACGACUUCAUUCAAACAGGAAGAUCCGGCAGCUGAAGAACGAAUCGCACAGAUAUUAAGCGAAGCUCAGAGAGCUAUGGUUAGUCCAAACAAGAACGGCAGUCGCAGUGGAAACACACCGCUACUCAACGGGGAUGGCCUACAAAUCAAGAAUGAAAAAUACAGUGACAGCCAAAUGGACGCAAACAGUGAUACCAGUGAUAGAGAGGACAAACCCGAUGCUCGAUCGGCAGCGAGUGCGGCCACAUUGGCCAGUCUGUAUAGAGCGGACAAUGCAAAUCUUGCGCGAAGAGUUCUCAGGAAGUUUGAGAACGACGACAUACCGCAAGAUAUGGUGGCCAGGAUUUAUCAGGAAGAGUUGGCCAAACUUAUUGGUCAACAGGUGGAAGACGGCUUCAGACAUCCACAAGUGUACGAUCGUUCACAGGAUGAGGUGAGACAGGCUCUGGCCAUUUAUCAUCAAGAGUUGUCACGUCUUACGCAAAUGGCAUCGGGAGGCGGCGCCCACUCACCAAACGUGUCAAAUUCAGAGCUCUUUGCCCGAUUCACAGCAGCAUCGGCUGCGGCAGCGGCCGGUUUGGUUAACGGCACAAAUUAUCUCAGUUUACCUCAAAUUUUAGACCCAUCCCUACCAUUAGACGCCCGAUUGCGCUCCGAUAAGCAGACAAACGGCAGCGAUACGUUUGGUGCGUCCUCUGAGACAGACCGUCAUUCGAGUGCCUUUUCACUUGUGAGGCCAAAGCCAGAGAUUAGUAGCGGUCAUAACAAGAUUAUGUCUUCGUCAACACCCCCUUCUGGUGUUGACAGAAACGGGUCUAUACUUAACAACAGCAAUAGCGACGACUUGAACUCAGCGGAGGACCUGAGCUCAGCCGCGUCACCUCUUCAGCGCAUGCAAUCCAUAACUAAUUCUCUUCUUUCACAAUCAGCAAUACCAUCGGUGCCGCAGACACCUAACCGACCGGCCAAAGCAGUGCUACCGCCGAUAACUCAGCAACAGUUCGAUCAAUAUAACAAUCUCAACACCGAAGACAUUGUCAAAAAAGUUAAGGAACAGUUAAGUCAAUACUCAAUUAGUCAGCGAUUGUUUGGUGAGAGUGUGUUAGGUCUGUCACAAGGAUCGGUAUCAGAUCUGUUGGCCCGACCCAAGCCGUGGCAUAUGUUGACACAGAAAGGAAGAGAACCAUUCAUUAGGAUGAAGAUGUUUUUGGAGGACGAGAACGCCAUCCAUAAGCUGGUCGCCAGUCAAUACAAAAUAGCACCAGAAAAACUUAUGAGAACCGGCAGUUUUGUGGCCGGACCUACUGCUGCCAUGAGUCCAGUGGUGGCGCCCAUCACCAACUCAAUGCCCACAUCAAUAAACACCAGUUCAUCGAUAAUCAAAUCGACCGGAUUUAAGGCUCAAGAGAUGUCGCCCGUCAAGGCGUCCGACACAUGUAGACAAUCGAUUAGUCCGGGUUUCUCAGACACGGCCGGCCACAGGUCUAGUACUUCCACUCCCGAGCAUUACAUCUCCAGUUCAGCCCAACAAACUGCCAUUCAUUCAUCAUUCUCAUCUGCCAACAGUCUAACUUCCCGUUCCCGUCUCAACCAACCACUCAGUACUCACGGGAAUUCAAACUUCCGAAAUACUUCCUCUUCGCUCGCAUACAUACAGCCAUCCGUUUAUGAGAUGGCGGCGCUCACCACUGAUCUCGACACACAAAGUAUCACCACUAAGAUUAAAGAGACACUUAUGGCUCAUAAUAUCGGCCAAAAGAUUUUCGGCGAAGUAGUGCUCGGCUUAUCUCAGGGUUCGGUCAGCGAAUUGCUGUCAAAGCCGAAGCCAUGGCAUAUGCUAAGUAUCAAAGGUCGGGAACCGUUUAUUCGGAUGCAGUUAUGGCUUAACGACGCGCAUAACAUCGAUAAGUUACAGACAUUGAAAAAUGAGAGACGAGAGGCCAAUAAAAGACGGCGCACUCAUCUCGACGAACCAAUUGGAACUGUUAAGGCAUUGGGAGAUAAUAUCUACAAUUUCUCUAAUAAUUUCCAUUCAUCGCCCAAUUCUCUGGUCUCAUCUAAGACCGCAAUAUUGGGUCGACCAUCAUAUGGUUCUCCUGUCGCCAAAAAGGCUCGCAUUUUGUUUUCUGAAGAACAAAAAGAGGCGCUUCGAGUGGCCUUCUCUAUGGAUCCGUAUCCAAGUACCACAACCAUCGAAUUCUUGGCCACUGAACUCAAUCUAUCUUUGCGCACAAUCACCAAUUGGUUUCACAAUCAUCGUAUGCGUCUAAAGCAAAUCUCGUCCAAUGAAGACAAUGGAUCAAAUCCUACACAAUUGCCGUAUAAUAUUGGCAGAGAUGGCGUCAACUUUGAUCCGAUUCAAUUUAGACUACUUCUCACACAAAGAUUGUCAGACAUACGAGUGCGCAACUCGAGUGGCGGCAAUCCUCCGUCACCAUCACUGAGAUCUAAAUAUUCAAGUAUUUACGGUACGUCACCGGUUAGUUCACAUUUGUAUGCAAACACCAAUAGCUGUUCAUCUCCCGGUUCAUCCAUACAAGAGGAUGAUAUGGGAACUUUAGAUCUUAGUAUGACUGCUAGUCAACAAAACAAAGACUUAAACAGGCAUUCAAUGUCAUUGAAUGACGACUCCGACGCCGGCAGCGAAGGAUCCGGUGAUGAGUCGGUUGAACUCGACUUAAGUAAAAAUUCUCGACCCGUCGGCUCGAGUCGUCGAAAACCACAACACGUGACCAGUUCAAGCUCCAGACGUAAGCCGGCUCAGCCUCAAUGGAUUAAUCCCGGUCUUGAGUUUUCCGGUGAUGAAGACGAUGACUAUGUCGAUGACGGCAUGAGUGACGAUAUGGUCGAUGACGACGACGAAGAUGGAUAUAAUUUAGUUCAAAGAAGAGAUGAAAUAAUCAAUGGUGUCUGUGUUAGACAAAACACUGAUUAUGAUUUGCUAAGAAAUAGACGAAAAGAUAUGGCGAUCGACAAUAGGAACGCCGUUCGUCUGGAAUCGUCAAUCCCUUCGUUUGGACAAAAAGGUGACCAAAAGAGCAAUGGAAACGAUAGACAGAGUAAUAUUAAAAGACUCGAAAAGUCACUCGAAGACGAUGAAGAGGGUUGGGAUGAUGAGGACAUGGAGGAAGACGAAGUCAGACCUAACAAAAUUACCGGCGCUAUCAAUGACGAUAACGUUUUAGAAGAGUGUGUUCAAUAGGUGGUCAACAAUUUGGUUGAUUACACCAUUUAUUUUAUAAAUUAAACCAAACACUAAUACCGGUGACAUUAAAAUCCCAGAUCCGAUCAAUAGGUCGGUUUGGGUUUGAGUUUCAAUUGAUUUACGACACAAACAAAUUUAGUUACGAAACAACUGUUUUAGUUUAAUAUUUUGCUGUCAAUGAUCAUUAUUAAGAUAAACGAUUGGUUUUUAAUAUAAUUAUAAUUUUCUAUUUAU